UUCUAACAUAGUAAUCUAACCUGUUGAUUUAGAGGUUUUUAUUCCAUUAAAAUCUUGUUACCUCUAAGGUGGACUCAAAAUGUAUGUUUUAUUAAUUUUGCGUUCUGAAAUGUUUCCUACUUUGACAGCCUCAAAGGUAACACUCUAGUGCACAAGACCAAUUUCCAAGGAGGCAACUUUCCCAUCGACGGGCCUGUCAUGCAAAACAGGACGCUUGGCUGGGAACCAACCUCGGAGAAAAUGACUCCUUGUGAUGGCUUAAUCAAGGGAGAUUCUACCAAGUACCUUUUGGUCGAGGGAGGGAAAAUGCUGAAAUGUCGAUAUGAAAACAAUUACAGAGCCAAGAAGGUGAUACACGAGAUGCCACCGAGCCAUUUUGUGGAUGUCCGCCUUGUGAGAACCAACCUUGAUAAGGAAGGUUUGAAGUUUCAACUGGAAGAACAUGCCGUGGCAAGAAUCCUCGAAGUUUGAGGAUUACUGGGGAGUCACUGUCAUUGUUAGUCUCUUUGUACAACAACAUGAGGUGAAUAAAGAAGAGCGAACCUCAAAUGUA